AUGAAAAAUUAUGAUCAAUCAAAAUAGAAUGAUGAAAAACCCAAUUUUAAUUUUCAUAAGUUUCAAAAGAAUGGUGUCAGAAGUAAAAUUCAUUAACAUAUUAAAAAUUGGUAAAAUUACUAGGAUGUGAAUGAAUUAAAUUAAUUUUAUUAAGACUUAGAAUAUGAUCAUUCAUUUAUUUAGUGGAUUUUCCCUAAUUUUUUUAACAGCAUGUUUAAUUCUGAAAGCUAUAGAUUAACAAUAGAAGAGAGAAAUUUAAUGAUUAAUGAUGAUGAGGUAUUUUGAAAUAAAAUAAAAAUAGAUCAUGUAAUUCUAUUUUCAAAACUACAAAAUGUUUUUAAAAUUUUUAGGAAUAGAAUGGGAUAAAGAAGAAUUGAUUUUAAAAAAUCAAAAAUAGUUUAAUAAGUGUCUUCAUAUAAAUACACAUAAUUAAUUAAGAUUGAAGAGAGUAUUUGCCUCUUUAAGUGUUUUAGGAAAGAGAGAAGAAGCAAUUAAAUUGCUUGACUUAAUUUUUAAAUAAGAAAAUAAACUUUACCGCACAGAAUAUUAUCUUUAUGAAUAAGUAUUAGAAGAAAAUAAAUAAAAAAUCAUUUAAAACAAUGAAACCUAAAUAAAUGAUUAAAAAAAUAUAAAUCCAAACAAAUAAUCAGAGAAUAAUGAUAAUAUAAAAACAAAUUAAAAAAUAGAUUCAUAAAAUAUUAAUCAUGAAGGAACCGAUUAAAAAAAAGAAUCAAAUGAAAAAUCAUUACCACAACCUAAUUCUUUAGAAGUAGGAAAUGAUAAUGGCUCAAAACAGAAACUUGAUUAAUACUAUGAAUCAGAAAAUUAAAUAUAAUCACAUAAAACUUAAGAUAAUCUAUUAGCUAAAAAUGCUGAUAUUACAAUAAAGGAGGAAUCAUAAAUAUAAAGUAAAUAAAAUAAAGUUCACUAACAAUAUGGGGUAUCUAAUAAUAAUCAAAAAUAAAAGGAAUCCAAAUAUUCUGACUAUUAUGUACAAUAACCUGAAAAAAAUUAAAAAUUUUAAUAUAAACUAAGGUUUGAUUAAGUCAAAAAUAAUUACGUUUAAGGAGAUUUAUUAGAAAAAAAAUGGGUUAUUUUUGAAUUACUAACAGAAUAAUAAUGUGAGUGA